GUUGUAUAGCUUCCCUUGUUUCUGUUGCUGUUGCUGCUGUCAUUGCCCCUCAAUCUGCCCCACGUCACAGUAACUUACCUAAUAGUCUGGAGUUCAUCAUGGACCGCCGCGAGGAUAGCCCUGUUAACGCCGACGCCGACGCCAACAACACCGUUAUUCUCGGCUGCGGUAUCAUAGGCUUGUGUACGGCAUACUAUCUAACAGAUAGCGGGAAUACGGCGCCGAAUAGUAUUCACCUGGUCGACUCUAGUCCUGAGUUAUUUCGGUGCGCGUCGGGUUUGGCUGCGGGCUUCUUAAGCGCAGACUGGUUCGCGCCUUCAGUAUCUUCUCUCGGCGCACUAUCCUUCAAACUCCACGCCUCUCUCGCACAAACAUAUUCUGGGCGCAAGACAUGGGGCUACUCACCCUCUACCGGCAUCUCCCUUUCGCAAGAUAGUGAAAGUGAAUCUGCAAUCGGUGGUAGCGGCGAAGAUUGGCUUGAAAAUGGGACAAGUAGAGCACAGGUGGCGAACCAUAACGCGCCAUUAGAAGAGAAGGCUGCAGUACCACCAUGGCUACGACGGACUCAAGAUGGAAUAAUGGAGGUUAUAAGUAGAGAGGGAACGACCGCGCAAAUCGACCCAUUUCGGUUCUGCCAAUGGAUUGUCAAGGAGCUGAAAAGGAGAGGAGUCAAUGUGCACCAGCCUGCAAGAGCGAGAGAGAUUGUCAGAAACGAAGAUGGUGUCUUGUGUGGUGUGAAGCUACAGAAGGGUGAAAGUGCAGAAACAAACACAGAGUUACCAUGUACCCGCAUCGUAAUAACAUCCGGCGCCUGGUCCCCGCGUGUCUUCAACACCCUCUUCCCCCAAUCCAAACUCCGUAUACCCAUCUCUUCGCUCGGCGGCCACUCGCUACUCGUCCGCAACCCGCACUUUAAGCCCGAGAAACUCGACGAAGAAGUCUGCCACGCCGUUUUCGCAACCGAUACGCUAGGGUUCUCGCCAGAGUGGUUUGCUAGAUUAGGCGGAGAGUUAUAUCUAGCCGGACUGAACAGUACCAGCAUACCACUACCGGAUACAGCGACGGAUGUAAAAGCCAGUGAGAAGGCAAUUGAGCAGCUGAAGCAGUGUGCGAAGGUGAUGAUGAUGAAUGUGCCGGGGAGGGAAAUGGAAGUCUUGAGAGAGGGAUUGUGUUUUCGCCCAGUCACAUCUAGCGGUCGACCCAUAGUAUCACGGAUACCGGACGAGAAACUCGGUAGUGUCAAGACGAGGGACGGGGCCAACGGCGGUGUUUUCAUAGCGGCGGGGCAUGGCGCAUGGGGCAUAUCGCAUGCGCCUGGCACUGGGUUGGUGCUUUCGGAGCUGAUCGAAGGACGAAAGACGAGCGCAAAGAUCGAGGCGCUGCGAUUACCUCUUUGAUUAUUUGAUGCCUGGAAUUUUCUUUCAAGCGAGUUUCUCCUCUCAGGUGUGCUUGAGGUGUUUAUCGGUUAGAGGAACUAACAUAUGUCAACACUGACAUCAUAUACCAGAUGCAACAUUUACAGUUAGCG